UUGGGAGAGAAAAUAAAUUCAAACACGACGUUAAGACUUUUAAUAAAUAGACUGUAUGGAGGAUCUUAAAAAUUCGCUGAAGAUGCCGCUCUUUGGAAACACAUUCAGCCCGAAGAAAAUUCCUCCUCGUAAAUGUGCAUCUCUAUCCAGCCUUCACUCGUUGGAUCGCUCAACAAGGGAAGUAGAGCUUGGCAUUGAAUAUGGACCUCCUGUAAUGAACAUUGGAGGCCAGAGCUGGAAAUUUGAAGAUGGACAGUGGUUAACAGAAUCUGGUGGGAAUGGGUCCAGUAGGGAAUUGCAGCGGCUAAAGAAAAGAAAUGGGCAGCUGGAGGAGGAGAACAACCUCUUGAAACUAAAGAUUGAAAUUCUCCUUGACAUGUUGACAGAGACUACAGUAAAUUACCACCUGGUGGGGAAAGAAGCGGAGGAGAUAAAGACUCAACAUCGAAGGAAAAAAUGACAAAUCUAAUCUGAUGCCUUCAUCGUUGGAAAAAUCAUUAAAGCUCUUUUUGUAUUCAACAAUAGUCUAGAGUUUGUUGUAAAAAAAAAAUACAUUUCUUAAAUAUUUUCUGUUACAGAGUACAGAGAUAAAAUAAAGGUCCUUGUUCGGCUUCAGCUGCAAAGAGAAUGUACAGCUGAGUGAGUCACAUAUGGAUCGACUUGUAUCUGUUCUGUAGCAUUUGUUGAAGUUAGUCACACUAAAUAUGAAACAACUAUGAACAUCUUUGUUCAAUAUCCACAUCUUUUUUAAAGAUUAUUUGUAUUUACUGUAUUUUCUAUUAAGAUUAAAAGUGAAAUCCUUCACAGAGAAGCAGGUGUUUUCUUUU